ACGGUGCUUUCGCUGCAGGGAUGAACGCAGAGUUUCAGAAACCCGCCCCUUGUUAUGUCCGCCCGCCCGUCUCGCUGGUUCUGCCUUUUUCCGCCUUUACUACAGGACUUACGUAGUUUGAGCCGCUUUUACUUCUUCCCCAACAUAUGCCUCCCUUUCACAGCUUUAAAAUAUAUGAAAUAUGCAAUCGUCUUAGGCGUUUUUUGGAGGUCUGGGUGUACUGCUGGGUGUGAUUCGCCCGGGAUUUGUUUCGUCGGACGUAGCUGCGAUGCAGAGCGCGGAUGAUGCGUCGCACGUCUCGGUGCAGCCAGCGAAAGGCUGCCGGGGAGCAGACGCCGUCUCCGGCUUGUGUUCCUUCGGGAAAUGCCUGGGCGCGCUGCUGCCGGUGUAUCUGGCGGGGUACUUCGGCUUCAGCAUUUUCCUGGUCGUGCUCGGUCUCAUGCUGUACAUCGGCUGGCAAAAUUGCCGGGACGGGAAGGAGAGCAGACUGCGGUCCGCCAUGUACGCGAUGGAAAAGGAGCAGGAUUUCAUCGCUGCCACGGUGCUCAGGGACACACGCAGUCUGCCUGCAUGGGUCAGUUACCCGGACGUGGAGAAAGUGGAGUGGCUGAACAAGAUACUGCUUCAAGCCUGGCCUUUUGUGGGCCAGUAUGUGGAAAAGCUGCUGAUGGAAACCAUCGCUCCCUCCAUCAGGGCUUCUAGCAGCCACCUACAGACACUGUCCUUCACCAUGGUCAACCUGGGGGUGCAGCCCAUGCGGGUGAUCGGCGUGAAGGCUCACACAGAACAGGACAAGAGGCAAGUGUUACUGGAUCUCUAUGUCAGCUAUGUAGGGGACGUUGAGAUCAAUGUGGAGGUGAAGAAGUAUUUCUGUAAAGCUGGAGUCAAGGGCAUUCAGCUUCAUGGGAAGCUGAGGGUCAUCCUGGAGCCGCUAAUAGGAGACGUGCCACUGGUUGGCGCCAUAACACUCUUCUUCAUUCGCCGGCCUACACUGGAUAUAAAUUGGACAGGCCUGACCAACCUGCUGGACAUUCCUGGCCUGAACUCCAUGUCUGAUACCAAGAUAAUGGACAUCAUCGCCUCGUACCUGGUGUUGCCUAAUAGGCUCACAGUGCCCCUGGUGGCUGAUCUGCAUAUUGCACAGCUGCAAUCGCCACUGCCAAGGGGCAUCGUGCGCAUCUUUCUCCUGGAAGCUCAGAGUCUCGUCUCAAAGGAUAACUAUGGGAUCAUUUCUGGCAAGUCAGACCCUUAUGUAAUAGUGAAGGUGGGCCCCCAGGUGUUCACCUCCCACCAUGUGGAAAAUAACCUCAACCCACAGUGGAGAGAGAUGUAUGAGGUGAUUGUCCAUGAAGUGCCUGGUCAGGAGCUGGAGGUAGAGGUAUUUGACAAAGAUCCAGACCAGGAUGACUUCAUGGGGAGGUUCAAGUUAGAUCUGGGUUUGGUGAAGAAAGCUCAGCUUGUGGACGAGUGGUUCACUUUGAAGGACACUGCUUCUGGUCGCGUCCAUUUAAAACUAGAGUGGCUGUCUCUGCAGGCUAAUGCUGACCAUCUGGAGCAGGUUCUACAGAGAAAUAGAAAUAUAUCAUUGUUAAAUAAGACCACAGACCCUCCUUCUGCAGCCAUCUUGACAGUGUAUUUGGACCGUGCUCAGGAACUGCCAAUGAAGAAAGGCAACAAGGAGCCUAAUCCCAUGGUGCAAGUGUCAGUGCAGGACACCACCAAGGAGAGCCGGGCAUGUUACGGAACGAAUAACCCCCAGUGGCAGGAGGCCUUCAGCUUCUUUAUCCAGGAUCCCCGCAAGCAGGACAUAGACAUUCAGGUAAAGGACGAUGACAGGGCCGUGUCCCUUGGGACUCUCUCUAUUCCUCUGUCUCGCCUGCUGUCCAGCGCUGAACUCACCAUGGACCAGUGGUUCCAGUUGGACCGCUCUGGGCCAGUCAGUCGCAUCUACAUCAAGGCCGUGCUGAGGGUACUGCUGCCCAAUGAGAAUGCCUCUCCCAGCACGCUGGACUCUGCUGUAACCGAUGACAAAGGUUUGCAUGAUGGGGGUGCAGUGACAGACGUAGGUGUCCAAUCGCGACCCCUGAAGUCAUCACCUGACUCCAGCUUUGCUACUGAGGGCGUGCUGAGGAUCCAUCUGGUGGAAGCACAGGACCUGAUCGCCAAGGACUGCUUCAUGGGGGGCAUGAUCAAGGGGAAGAGUGACCCGUACGUCAAGACUCGUGUCGGUGGCAGCACUUUCCAAAGCCGAGUGGUGCCGGAGAACCUGAACCCCACCUGGAAUGAGCUUUAUGAGGUCGUCCUCACACAGCUACCCGGUCAGGAUGUACAGUUCGAGGUGUUUGACAAAGACCUGGAUCGCGACGACUUCCUGGGCAGGCUCAAGAUCAGUCUGAGUGAUGUCAUCAGCUCACAUUACAUUGAUCAGUGGUUCAGCCUGAGUGACGUGAAGUCCGGCCGUAUCCACCUGGUGCUGGAGUGGCUCCCCAGGCUGUCAGACGCAGGCUGUCUGGACCAGGUUCUGAGUUACCAGACCCAGCACUCCUAUCAGAACAGAGCGGUACCAUCUGCUGCCUUGCUGUUCAUCUACCUGGAGUCUGCGCACAGCUUGCCUCUGAAGAAGAGCGGGAAGGAGCCGAAGGUGGGAGCGGAGCUCUGUCUCAAGGGCGCCUCCUACAGGACCAAGGUCUGUGAUCGUGCCGUUUCUCCUCGGUGGGAGGAAGCCUUCCACUUCCUGGUUCAUGACCCCAGAGAGGAUACUCUCAUAAUAAAGCUCUCUCAUGCCUGGGGUCUGGCUCUGGGUUCUCUCGUUUUGCCUGUGAGGGAGCUGCUCUCAGAGCCGGGCCUGGAGCUCGACCGCUGGCUGCCUUUAGAUGGAGCCCUUCCUGCGAGCCAGGUUCUGCUGAGGGCCACACUCAAGAUCUUGGGUUCUACAGCAGUGGAUUGCAGCUGGAUGCAGGCUGAAGAUGGUGGUUCACAGGGAGAUGGAAAGCCUGUUAUUUCUAGCAAGGAAAUGUCUGCAGCUACCAUUCCGGAGUUGAGGCAGCGGGUGACACCUGGCCAGAGAGCUGCUGAGCUGGAAGGAGGCCAGGUGAAGCUCACACUCCGUUACUCUGUGGAGGAGAAGAGGCUGCUGGUGGUUGUUCACGCCUGCAGGCACCUUCCAUCCAGCAGCAAAGAGGCUCCAGACUCCUGUGUGUCCUUCAUCCUGCUGCCUGACAAGAGCAAGACGACGAAGAGGAAGACCAGCAUCAAGAAACGAGACACCAAUCCUGAAUUUAAUGAGAGGUUUGAUUUUGAGCUCUCGUUGGAAGAGGCCAAGAGCAGGAGGCUGGACCUGGAGGUGAAGAACAGCAUGACCUUCAUGAGUCGCGAGAGAGAGGUCAUGGGCAGGGUUCAGAUAGAUUUGGCUCAGAUUGACCUCAAGUCUGGAGUCACACAAUGGUACAAUCUGACGGAAGUGCCAAACUAACGUCACUUUUAUAUGUUCCAGUUAUGACUUGAUGCCAAUGAAACUUUUAAUCUAUUUCCAUUCAGUUCUUUUGCCUGAUUUAAAAUACCAUUUUAUUGUUUUAGGUUAUUUACUCUAAAUUUGUUGGACCACAAAAGAUAUUUUUUUUAAAUCCUAUGUCGGUAGUCUUUAUAUAUAAUGUGGUAUAUAGAUAUGUAAAUGCUGAUCUACAUGACUCAGCUCUUCUGAAAAUGCUUUAUGAAAUAAGAAUAUUUUAAUAACUUAAAGCUUGUUACAAUACGUUUAAUUUCAAACUAUGACUAUGAGAACUUCAUCAUCCUUGAUAAUAAGGCCUUCACAUAAAAAAUAUAUAUUUUAUCUAUUUGAGAGUGAUAUUGUGACCUUCAUGCUGAUACCCAAAACAUUGUUUCUCUGGUGCCAUUUUAAUGCAGUGUUUAACAAGCCACUCUCUUCAGUAUAAAACAGGACAGAAACCCCCCCCCCCUCCCAAGUGAAACAUCCACGUAACCCUUGUAUAACAUGAUUUUCAUGUAUAUACAUAUGGUAAAGUUUAAUUGAUAAAUUAUGCUCAGUAAAACAAUACCAACAUUAAAUACCGUAAUAAUACAGUACCUUAUACUUUUUUUAUAACCCAUACACCGCAAUAAUGCGGAAAUUAAUGCAGUGAUUAAGAAUGCUAGAGAGUAUGCGGCGCGCGCGGGGACAGAGAGAUGGGCUGGCAGAUGUCAUAGUGUUACAGCCUCUACUUGCUUGGUGCGCAGUUUGAAACUGAGCAAUUUCCUCCGGGAUAAAUAAAGUUUUUCUGAUUCUGAUUCUGAUUCUGAUAACCUGUUUAUUUCUGUAAUUUUCCUACCCUUUUUCCGGACUGCGGGGUCCCUGGAAAUUGAUACUCUUCAAAAAAUGUGGCUGAAACAUAAGCAUGCUGAUGGUUUCCUGUUUCUGUCUGUCUUGGCCUUCUUUACCUCUGUCAUUAUUAUGCUUUAGCAUCCAGUGCUAUUUAGGAAGGAGCUGGUGCUCAUGUGACUUUGGGUCUGUGAGUGGAUGUGUAUCAUACCAGAGUUAUACCUUCCUGCAUUUUUUUUUCUUACUUGUUGUAUGGCUCAUCAGUAUUUUUAUAAAGAUAAUCUUAGAUAUAUAUGCAUAAGAGAGAAUCUGUGAUGUGUUCCACCAUGAAUGUUUUAAUGAACUUUAUUUUAAAGCAUUUUAAAGUGUUGCAGUGUGUUGUUUCCCAUGUUCUGAUGAAUGCAGAAAUGCAAUUCUAAGGAUGUCUGCAAAAGCAUAUAACACUGUUAUGACACAGUAUGUAUGUCACUUUGAAUCACUGUGAAGUCUGAUUAACCAAGAAUGCACUGUGAAUGGUCCUAAUUCCCAGGCUGUACUGCCCCUAGUGGUCAGUUUCUCUGAGUGAAACUAUCCAACAGACUAGGCAGCUGUACUGCCCCUAGUGGUCAGUUUCUCUGAGUGAUCCAACAGACACUACAGCCUGCCUGGAGCUUGGAAAAGUGUCGCGUGCUGAAUAUGAAUCUGUAUGGAGAGGAUGUCAGACCUGGUGGAAUCAGUAUGUGUUCAGCUUACGAGGACACAUUUUUACAGACAACUUAUAAUAAAUGCUGUGUUGCCCUUCAUAAA